GAUGAUUGGUGUAGACGUGUGGAGCCAAGUUGUAGUUGAAGUGAGCUGCAGAAAGUCCGGCAGGCUUCAGCCUCAGACUGUAACCGGAGCUAAAAUGGCGCUGACUUCCCAAGGAACAAAGAAGAAAGUUUGCUAUUAUUAUGACGGUGAUGUUGGGAAUUAUUACUAUGGCCAGGGUCAUCCCAUGAAGCCUCACCGCAUCCGCAUGACCCACAACCUCCUCCUCAACUAUGGCCUCUAUAGGAAGAUGGAGAUCUAUAGGCCCCACAAAGCCAACGCUGAAGAGAUGACCAAAUACCACAGUGACGACUACAUCAAGUUCCUCCGCUCCAUCCGCCCAGAUAACAUGUCCGAGUACAGCAAGCAGAUGCAGAGAUUUAACGUGGGUGAAGAUUGCCCCGUGUUCGACGGCCUGUUUGAGUUCUGUCAGCUUUCAACAGGCGGCUCUGUCGCGGGUGCCGUGAAACUAAACAAGCAGCAGACAGACAUCGCCAUUAACUGGGCAGGCGGUCUUCAUCACGCCAAGAAGUCGGAGGCGUCCGGUUUCUGCUACGUCAAUGACAUCGUGCUGGCCAUCCUGGAACUGCUCAAGUACCAUCAAAGAGUUCUGUAUAUCGAUAUCGACAUCCACCACGGCGACGGAGUAGAGGAGGCCUUCUACACCACAGACCGUGUCAUGACCGUGUCUUUCCAUAAGUAUGGAGAGUACUUUCCUGGCACAGGUGACCUCAGAGACAUUGGCGCUGGAAAGGGCAAAUACUACGCCGUGAACUACCCACUCAGGGAUGGGAUCGAUGACGAGUCUUACGAAGCCAUAUUCAAACCUAUCAUGGCCAAAGUAAUGGAGAUGUACCAGCCGAGUGCUGUAGUGCUUCAGUGUGGUGCUGACUCUCUGUCUGGGGACAGGCUGGGCUGCUUCAACCUCACCAUCAAAGGUCACGCUAAGUGUGUGGAGUACAUGAAGAGUUUUAACCUGCCCUUGCUCAUGCUGGGUGGAGGAGGCUACACCAUCAGGAACGUGGCUCGCUGCUGGACCUACGAGACAGCCGUGGCCCUGGAUAGCACUAUUCCUAAUGAGCUUCCAUACAAUGAUUACUUUGAAUAUUUCGGACCUGACUUCAAGCUUCACAUCAGUCCCUCCAACAUGACCAACCAGAACACAAACGACUACCUAGAAAAGAUCAAGCAGCGUCUGUUUGAGAACCUGCGCAUGCUGCCCCACGCUCCCGGAGUGCAGAUGCAGGCGAUCCCAGAAGACGCCGUGCAGGAGGACAGCGGGGACGAGGAGGACGACCCGGACAAACGCAUACCUAUCCGUGCCCACGAUAAGCGGAUAGCCUGCGACGAGGAGUUCUCCGAUUCCGAGGAUGAAGGACAAGGCGGCCGCAGAAACGCAGCCAACUACAAGAAGGUCAAGAGAGUGAAGACCGAGGAGGAGAAAGAUGGGGAAGAGAAGAAAGGUGAGCGCACAGAUGUGAAGGAGGAAGAGAAAACCCCAGAAGAGAAAAUGGACACAAAAGGGCCAAAAGAAGAGCUGAAAACAACCUGAGCACUCGAGUCCAAACAGACGCACGAACUGAACUUGAGUUGUCCCACACACACACGAUGUUAAUGUUAGCGUCCAAGCUAAAGACUGUAAAUUAUUUUCUAAGACUCCUUUUACUAUUUGUAUUCUUAUUGGGCGGUAUAGAUUUUUUGCAUUACACAUGUCGAAAUGUAAGAUGUAUCCUUUCCUUAUCGCAACCCUUCCCCACCCACCCCCUCGUUUUCUUUUUCUUUUUUUUUUUGCUAUGAAUCUUUGCAUUAUUUUAUUUUUAUUAGGUAGAAAUUUACAGUAGCACCUCAAACAGGACCAGAAGCAGUAGAGAUCGUUAUUAGCUGUGCUUCAUCUGAACAGCUUCACCUCUAAUUUAUUUGGAAUCAUGGACUUGAAAACAUACACACACACACACACACACAAUCGUUUCCCGUAUUAUUAGGUUUUGUCUUUUCUGGAUGCUGCUCACUGGCUCAGUGUCCUUUACCUCAUUUUUAAGAGAGAAAAUUGUUUGUUUUAAUGACGUGUCUGUGUUUUAUGGCUCCCAGGGCCAGAAAUAGCAGUUUUAGGAGUUCCACGGUUCUGUGGUUUUGAAUUGUCUAUAUUAUAUGCGCUUUUUUUUUUUUUUUUUUUGGUAAAGUAAAUAAAAGAGAACAUGCUCUCUC